CACCCCCUUCCCCGCGGGCCUCGGUUCAAACGACCCAGUGGGUCUAGAGCGGAAGGGAGGGAGUGAAGGUAGGAGGCAGGUCCUGCCUCAGUGGCCUCCCUCCCAACCCCAAGAGCCCAGCCCCAUGGUCCCCGCCGCCAGCGCGCUGCUGUGGGUCCUGCUGCUGAGUCUGGGUCCCCGGGCGGCGGGGGCCCAAGGCCUGACCCAGACUCCGACCGCAAUGCAGAGGAUCAGUUUACGCUCUGCGGGCCCCAUGACCCGCAGCUACCGGAGCACCGCCCGGCCUGUUCUUCCCCGGAAGACGAGGAUAAUCCUAGAGGACGAUAAUGAUGCCAUGGCCGACGCCGACCGCCUGGCUGGACCGGCGGCUGCCGAGCUCUUGGCCGCCACGGUGUCCACCGGCUUUAGCCGGUCGUCCACCGUUAACGAGGAGGAUGUGUCUUCGGAAGAGGGGGUUGUGAUUAAUGCCGGAAAGGAUAACACCAGCAGAGAGCUUCCCAGUGCGACUCCCAGUACAGCGGGGAGUUCCAGCACGAGGUUUAUAGCCAAUAGUCAGGAGCCUGAAAUCAGGAUGACUUCAAGCCUGCCGCACUCCCCCGGGAGGUCUACUGAGGACCCGCCAGGCUCAGAGGCCACCCUGAGCCAGUGGUCCACACCUGGGUCUACCCCGAGCCGGUGGCCGUCACCCUCAUCCACAGCCAUGCCACCUCCUGAGGAUCUGCGACUGGUGCUGAUGCCCUGGGGCCCGUGGCACUGCCACUGCAAGUCGGGCACCAUGAGCCGGAGCCGGUCUGGGAAGCUGCACGGCCUUUCCGGGCGCCUUCGAGUUGGGGCGCUGAGCCAACUCCGCACGGAGCACAAGCCUUGCACCUACCAACAAUGUCCCUGCAACCGACUUCGGGAAGAGUGCCCCCUGGACACAAGUCUCUGUACUGACACCAACUGUGCCUCUCAGAGCACCACCAGUACCACCAGGACCACCACUACCCCCUUCCCCACCAUCCAUCUCAGAAGUAGUCCCAGCCUGCCACCCACCAGCCCCUGCCCAGCCCUGGCAUUUUGGAAACAGGUCAGGAUUGGCCUGGAGGAUAUUUGGAAUAGCCUCUCUUCAGUGUUCACAGAGAUGCAACCAAUAGACAGAAACCGGAGGUAACGGCCACUUCAUCCACAUGAGGAGAUGUCAGCAUCUCAACCUCUCAUGCCCUUUCAAUCCUAGCACCCACUAGAUAUUUUCAGAACAGAAAAACAAAACUGGAAAAUACA